AUGCUUCUGCUCGCGCUCACCUUAACUGCCGCCAAUCUGAUUUUUGGAGCUGUUUGCAUGCCUCUGUCCGACCAGGGGCCCCACAUCGCCCACAGCUGGGGCCAGGUGGUCCGGUUCAGGCACCUGUAUGCCGCCAGGCCCGGACUGCACCUGCUGAUCGGCGGGGAUGGACAGAUCCACGGCUCUGCGCACCAGACUCCAUACAGCCUGCUGGAGAUCCGCUCAGUGGAUCCGGGCUGUGUUGUCAUCAGAGGAGUAGCAGCUGCACGGUUUCUCUGCAUAGAGGGCGAUGGACGGCUCUACUCAUCG